UAAGAAUGUACUAAAACAGUUCUCUCAUUCUAGUGCUUCCAGCGAAAUUAUCAGAGACAUCAUCAGCUAUUCACUACAUGUACAUAAAAGGACAUAAUGUUGUCGACAGCAAUCCUUGUAAACCAGCUGACAGAACGCUCUUUGUCCUGAGUGUUCCACCAUAUUGUAAUGAGGAAUGUCUGGAGAGACUUUUCUCAGAGUGUGGUGCUGUAGAGAAGGUGCACAUACACCAGAAGCCUACGAGUAGCACGCCUAAUGAUGAAACCUCUAAUUUUUUUAAGACAUCUCCAAGCUGUAAGGGAUACAAAGUUGCAUAUAUCGUAUUCAAGACCACAGGAUGCAUUCAAAAAGCGAAAGAGAUGUCAGCAAAAUCUCCAUCAGUUCUCUUCUCGGACGAACAUCUCGGGAUUACUGGAAUGCAAAAAUGGUGUCAUGAAUAUAUCAAUGAGAAUUCUGUGGAUACAGAAGCCCUUCAGGCAGAGGUGGAUGAAUAUAUUGCUGAAUAUGACAAAAAGAUAAAAGAGGAGAAGAAACGUGAGAAGGACUCCGUCGGGCAGGCAGAUGAUGAAGGAUGGGUAACGGUGGUGAGACACGGCAAGAAGCCGGGUCUGGCAAGAACCGAGGCGUUCAAUAAGCGUAUUGCACAGCGCGAACGCAAGAAGCGACAAAAGCAGGAGCUGAAGAACUUCUACGCAUUCCAGAUACGAGACUCGAAACGAGAACAUCUAGCUCAACUGCGACAAAAGUUCGACGAAGACAAGAAAAAGAUUAGUGCAAUGAAGUCUCAGAGAAAGUUUAAACCAUUUUAGAUGCAAGUAGAUUGCAAAAAUAAGUAUUUUGUAAACAAAGUAAUACUACAUUCAAUACAUGUACAUACAUAUGCAUGAUUUAAUGAUGAUACUUGGAAAUAUAGACUAAUACGUCCCCUUAUCAAUUAU